AUGCACAUCCUGGAGAUCGGUGCUGAUCAAGAGGAUGAGGGAGUCAGCACACGUGCAGCAGAGGCUGCUUUUCGGACGGUGACACGAGAUCACACCGCAUUCCUUAUAUGGAGAAUCACGGAAACGAACACUGAACUUUUACCUCGAACACACUACGGCACGUUCUACGAUGGUGAGGCCUAUCUGGUGUACUCUUGUUCGCUGCCGGGACAACCGGCUGGGCCGGAUGUCAUUCGUCGCGAAAUAAAAGAGAACGGCAAUGGCGAGUUUGCAGAGCGUCACAUCCACUCCUGGGGCGGUGAGCGCUGCGGCCCACUGUCUGCACUGGCCCUACGGCGAGGUACUCAGCUUGCUGCAUACCUCGCCGCACCGACAGUUAUGCACCGAGAGGCCGCCACCAAAGAAACCCCUAGGCUGCUUUCCUAUUUCAGAGAUGGUAUUAGAAUUCUUCGAAGCGGCUCAACGAAUCUGAAUGGCAGCGCUCGGCUGUACCGCGUGCGUGGCCGUCGGCCAGUGCUGCAGCAGUUGGAGCCAGUGUCUUGGGCCCAGUUGGCCACCGAUGGCGUUUUCCUGCUCGAUACGUCUUCGUUGCUGGUGUUGUGGCUCGGUCGAACCGCCAACCUUGUUGAGAAAAUUUUCGGAGCCAAGAUUGCAUAUCGCAUGGCUCGUGGAGCAGACAAAGGGAUAAUGUCACGUCGUAUCGCGAUCGCCCAUGAUGGAUAUGAGCAGACGUUGCCGGCGGGUGAUCGAGCGCUUCUAGACACACUCCUCGAGCUGAGAGCGAGAGCCCUCCGACCGGCCUCGCCACCUGCAGAUCCCCCUCAUCCCGCACGACUGUACAGGGCGACGCAACCUCCUCGUGUCACGUCUAUAACUGUACCGUCUCAGCGACCGGCUGCAAGGCUCGAAGAGAUCAAGCGUGCGCCUCUCUUCAGGGAAGACUUAGCUGAUGACGGAGUUUACGUCGUAGACAGCGGCAGUCGCGGCGUGUGGGCGUGGGUCGGCCCGUCGGCGGUGGGUCCAACGGCGCGCGGUGCGCUAGCAGCUGCGCGAGGGCUAGCACGUGCACGCCGAGUGACAGUGCCCGUUUCUUCGGCUCCGGCGGGUCGUGAACCCUUGGAAUUCGCAGCCUUGUUCCACAAUUGGCGCUGGUGUGAUGCAAGACGUGAUAGUCGUCUGCGUGCAGCCCGAUCGGCUACUACCAAGCUCGAUGCCGUUAGUUUAGCGUCUAACGCGUGGCUUGCGGCUGAGGCGCAGCUGCCAGACGACGGUUCCGGUGCCCUUCGCGUAUGGCGCGUCCGACGCCGCGAGACAGACGCAGAGGAUCCGAACAAAGAGCCGCUGGCAGAGGUCGAGCGCCCACAGGCCGCGGUCUUCUACAACAGGGACUGUUACAUUGUUCUCUAUACUUACCACGCGCCCACUGGCGACCAGACCAUAUUAUAUUAUUGGAUGGGUGGCUCUUCGCCAAAUGAUCUCAGGAAUUUGGGUGCAAAAGAAGCUAAAGAUCUCUAUACCAAACUAGGGCGUUUCCCUGUUCAGGCGUGGGUGUAUCAAGGAAAGGAACCAGCUCACUUUCUUCAAAUAUUCAAAGGUCGAAUGAUAACUUAUUCUGGCAGCGCAACGGAUUACGACCCUACAGGACGUCGCUUGCUAGCACCGUCGCGGGUCCUGAUCAGGGUGUCGGGCCAGUACGCGCGCGAGGCUCGUGGCGUGGAGGUACGCGAAGGGGGCGACGCGAGCGGAGCGGGCGCGUGCUACGUGCUGAGGGAUGGUGUGCGCGUCUGGGUCUGGUGCGCUGCUAAUGCCACCGGAGACGAAAGGGAAGUCGCCAAGAACAUGGCAGCUGCAGAACAUACGCUUGUCAUGCAAGGUAAAGAGAAGACCAACUUUUGGAAUGCACUUGGCAACCGCCGGCAUCUUCUCGCACCGUCUCCAUUGAAGGAAGUCCAACGUCCCCUGCCGCCGCGUCUAUUCUACGUGUCACUUGGAGUACCUGGCCAAUUUUCUUUCGAAGAGAUAGCAUCAUUCAGCCAAUACGAGUUGUCGCCGGAGAUGGUAUGCGUGGUGGACGCGCACCUGUCCGUGUUCGUGUGGCUCGGCGCGCAGUGCUGCCCGCGCGCCAAGGAGGAGCCGCGCUGCGUGGCCCGCGCCUACCUGGCGCAAGAUCCUGCUGCGCGAGACCCCGAAACGCCUAUUCUGGUUCUAAGUCAAGGCAGAGAACCUCCUCACUUCACUGGUUUCUUCCCGCAUUGGAAGCAGUCUAUGUGGAAGGGUCACAAGACGUUCAGUGCAAUCAUCAGCGCUUUAGAAGGCAAAGCCAUAGUACAGAGCGGCAAUAACGCAUUACAAACUGGCAAUAGUACUAAUCGGUUUGACCAGUACGAGAAGUAUCCUUUGAGCGUACUAAAGGGACCAAAAGAACAUCUCCCUCAAGACGUUGAUCCACUUACUAAGGAGCUGUAUUUGACGCACGAUGACUUCGUGGCGACGUUCAGUAUGUCGUACAACGAGUUCCGAUCCCUCACUGGCUGGAAACAGAAGGAUCUUAAGAAAACAGUCGGCCUUUUUUAA